AUGCGCACUAACUUGAUAUGCUGGGAGAGAAAUGGAAAAGAGAUGGCUUUGCAGAGAAUGCAGCAGCUGUGCAGGAUACCAGUCUUUAUUCUCGUUGUGUCAGAGUGUCUUACGUUUGGAACUCUUGUUUGGCACUGGAAGAUGCACAACGCGGAGUGCGUGCAGAUGGCUUUCUAUUUCAUAAUCUACCAGCUGCUCGAGCUCAGAUGUUUUUUGUUCCGAAGCCUUGAGUACCUGCUGUGCAUGGCUGCCAUGAGCGGCAUAAUGGUCUUUCUGAGCGCGAGCUAUGGCAUACCCAGGAACUUUGAAAUGCGAAGUCUGUUCUACGCUAGCCUAAUACGAACUGUUGCCUACAGCCUCUUGGUGUACUACUUUUCGCCCAUUUUCAAAAAGAACGCAUAUUUUGUGUAUGCAAAGCGAGGCGACGGAGAGUGCAUCUUCUUCGAGGGAGCGCUGCUUAAGGCCUUCAUAGAAAUACAGGCUACAAGUUUUAUUGUGUACGAGUUUUCCAAGGUUUUUCAGACACAUGCGGUAUUUGAGAAUGUGUACAGCAGGCAGCCGUGCUUUGCCAUGUGUGCCAUGGAGUCCAGUGUGAAAAUAGCAGUGUAUGUAGAAACGGUCUGUCUGGCCACAAAGAACAAAGUUCUCUACUGGGGUGUUUUUAUUCUGUGGAUUUUCUAUGUCCUGCACGAGAACUUUGUCUACCAUUUGAUGCCUCUGUACUUGAGACACAACCACCUCUUCAUGGAGUUUAGCGAGAUGCACCAGCUGUGGGAGAAAUACCAUCUUCUGAAUAUAGCUGUGGCAGGCGUAUUUUUUGUGUAUUCGUUUGUUUGCAAAAGAACGUAUGAGAAUAUAUACAUUGUGAGAGAGGCGCAGGCUCGAAUAAGGGUAGAGUAG